CGUGACGUCAGGCGCACUUCCCACCGUUGCCUCUGCUCCUUCCUAUGGGGUUUUGUAACGGGUAAACAUUCUACAGGAUUGAGAUAAGAAGACAAUUCCAUUCCAUCUGUGGAUGUUUUUGAGUUCGUUCAUUUUACGGGAUAUACUCUUCUGCUCAUCAGAAUGAUUUAUGGAAAAGAACGAUGUGUAGAUGUACAGCGGGCGCUACUGGCAGUGGAACGCCUGCAGGCCAAAUUGAAAGACCGUGGUGAUGUGGCCAACGAAGAAAAAUUGAGCUUUCUGAAGUCUGUUUUGCAGAGUCCUCUCUUCAAUCAGAUAAUGAACCUGCAAAGCACAGUGCACCAACUGAGAGACCAGGUAAAUGUUAUGCCUACUUCAAUUCCUUCCACGAGUGAAUUUUCACCAUCGUUUCAACAUGGGUUGAGUUCUGGCUCAGCAGCACUUAAUGAAUCCUACGUAGCAGCUCAGCAGCAAAACGGUAGUCAAGCAAGCCUGUCAGAAGCCACAGCGAAGUCCCUAAGUCCUCAGAUUGACAAUAGACCAUCUUCUGAUGAAUUUGACCAGAUAAUACAGAAAAUGGCCCAGGGUCGUCAAACAGAAUGCAUAGAGCUUCUGAAACCAAUCAGUGGUGGCCUUGGUUUCAGUGUGGUGGGGCUGAAAAGUGAAAACAGAGGAGAGUUGGGAAUCUUUGUCCAAGAGAUUCAAGACGGCAGUGUGUCAAACAGAGAUGGAAGGCUUAAGGAAGUUGAUCAAAUUCUUGCCAUCAAUGGCCAGCCUCUGGACCAAAGCAUUACUCACCAGCAGGCCAUUGGCAUUUUGCAGAAGGCUAAAGACAAAGUCCAGCUAGUGGUUGCUCGGGGUUCAUUGCCACAGCUUAUCAGCCCAGGGAUCUCCAGAACACCUUCUGCUGCAAGCACAGUCUCUGCUCAGUCUGGCACGCCUCUGCAACAGAAUUGGCAGCACAAAGAAACCAUUGAACUUGUGAACGACGGCUCCGGUCUGGGAUUUGGCAUAGUUGGAGGAAAAUCAACAGGCGUAGUAGUAAAAACAAUCUUGCAAGGAGGAGUAGCUGAUAAGGAUGGAAGACUUCGCAGUGGAGACCACAUUUUGAUGAUUGGUGACACUGACCUGAUGGGACUAGGUAGCGAACAGGUGGCUCAGGUGCUAAGACAGUGUGGAAACAGAGUGAAGCUGGUCAUUGCCCGAGGUAUCAUAGAAGAAACCCCAGCAACAUCUGCAGCAGGAGUACAGGCUCCACCAUCAUCUUCUUGUCCUGAGAUCGAGCUGGAGUCGUCUUUGAAUAAAUGCUUUGAUGGAGAAAAAUGUGAAGUAGAGCUAACUAAAAAUGCUCAGGGACUAGGAAUUACCAUUGCUGGAUACAUUGGUGACAAAAAUUCAGAACCUUCUGGCAUUUUUGUGAAGAGCAUUACACAAGACAGUGCAGUUGAUCAGGAUGGGAGGAUCCAUGUUGGCGACCAGAUUAUAGCUGUGGAUGGAAUAAACCUGCAAGGAUUCACAAACCAGCAGGCAGUGGAAGUCUUACGUCAUACAGGCCAGACAGUUUGCUUGACUUUGGUGAGGAGAGGUCAUAGGCAGGACAGAUUGAUGGCACCAUUUGAAGAAGCCAAUAUAAAUGUUGAAAAGGAUGCAGCCCCAAAAGUUUUGAAGAGUAACACAGAGCAUGUUGUCAAGAAGGAAGAAGCAUCAGUGAGUACUUCGAAUCGGAAGUGUAGUGUAGGCGAUAAUACCCAUCCUGAGACAGGCUGUGAACUCACUACACAGGAACUUGCUGUUAAAGAACAUACAGAGAAGGCAAAGUGGGAGAGAAUUAUGGGUCCCAGUUAUGAAAUAGUGGUGGCUGACGUGACUAAAUUUACUGAAAGCAGUGGUUUAGGCAUAAGCCUGGAAGCCAAAGAUGGCCAUCACUACAUUCGCUCCGUAUUACCAGAAGGCCCUGUAGGACGUAGUGGAAAACUUAACAGUGGAGAUGAGUUGCUGGAAGUAAAUGGUAUUUCUUUACUUGGGCAGAAUCACAAGGACGUUGUAAGUGUUUUAAAGGAGCUGCCAAUCAAUGUGACUGUGGUGUGUUGUCGAUCUCUCCAUCUACUGGAUCUAGACCCUGAGGCUGAAGAUGACAUUCUUGCAGAAGAAGUAAUGUGUUUAACAGAAAAGGGUUUUGACUUUCUGCCAUCUUCAAUAAAUCCACCAUGGAAAAGCAGUGAAGAAGCCAGGGAUGUUGAGAAAGAGAUUGAACAGUCUCAUAUUUUACUUGAGGGACCUGUUGGCGCUUCAGAGACAGAUGAUGUUAUAAAUAACUCUGGCAAUGGACCAUGUAUCGAAGAAAUGCAGAGUUCUGCGUUGGCAAUGUGGGAAACUGAAAUACAACAUAUAAUGCUUGAGAAAGGAAUCAGUGGGCUGGGCUUCAGCAUCCUUGACUACCAGGAUCCACUUGACCCUGCAAACACGGUGAUAGUAAUUCGUUCGCUGGUGCCAGGAGGUGUUGCAGAGCAGGAUGACAGGUUACUUCCUGGAGAUCGUCUCAUGUUUGUCAAUGACAUAAACCUAGAAAAUGCAAGUCUGGAAGAGGCUGUGCAAGCUUUGAAGGGUGCACCAAUGGGGCAGGUCAGAAUUGGAGUAGCCAAGCCUUUGCCACUUUCUUUAGAGGAAGGCUAUGUUUCUGCUAAGGAUGACACCAUGUUUCAUACUGCUCAAGUGUUUGAUGGUGAGGAGGAACCAGUUGAUGCUGCAGUCUUCCAUGCUGAAUUGGCACUGGUGGAUUCAAAUGACCCAGAGCUAAUGGAUGAUACACUAUUUAAUUCUCAGUUUUCUUCAGAAACUGAUGAUACCUUCCAGGCUUCUAUUUUAGCUUUGCAUGGUAGUACCUGCAGUGAGGACCUAAUUUACAGACUUUCUCUUCCCUCGUCAACACCAAAGAUUACAGAAGAAGAAGAAGAAGAAGAAGAAGAAGAACCAGGUGAAAACGUACAAUUUUCCUCACUUUCCAAUUUUGCAUUAGAAGAACCAUCAUUUCCAGAGGAGAAAUCAAUUCCUGUUUCUCAACCUUGGACAUCCCCAAGCCUUCAGUUAAACCUUAAUACUUCCAGCAAGAGCCUUAAUGAGCCUGAACAAACAGAAAUGGAGCAUACCACUUCCAAUGAAUAUGGUUUAGACUUGAAGUCCCAUUUUAAAGAAAAAGGUAUUGGAUAUGAACAAGCUGCUGAUGAACAGCCAGGGACAGAGUCUGUUCCAUGGAAGGAUAGUUAUACAGUUCGUGAAGCUGCACCAGUGGCAGAAAAUCUCAGCAGGAGGUCUGAUGAAACUGUGACCAUUAAACAGAUUUCUGCUACAGUGAAGGAGCAAGAUGUGUCAGAUCAAGUUCCUUUAAAGUCUCUGAUGGAAAGUCGUGCUGAAGUCCGAUCAGAAUAUGGAAAAACGCUUGAAAAAACUAUUACUGUUGUGAAAGGCAGUUCCAGUCUUGGAAUGACAGUAAGUGCUAAUAAAGAUGGUUUAGGAAUGAUAGUCCGCAGUAUCAUCCAUGGAGGUUCUAUCAGCCGAGAUGGAAGAAUUGGAGUUGGAGACUGCAUUUUAGCAAUUAAUGGUGAAAGUACCACAGAUUUAACUAAUGCACAGGCUCGAGCAAUGCUGAGGAGGCACUCUCUGAUUGGACCUGAUAUAAGAUAUUCUCCAACACCUGCUGAUGAUCAGGUCCCCUUUCACAUCAUUACUUAUGUGCCUGCAGAGUAUGUGGAAGAGUACAGGGCCAGCCUUGGAGAGAAGCCUGGUGAACUUUCGUCACUAGAGACCUUAUUGCCUUCUCAAGUCAUUAGUGAUGAGAUUCAAGAGUUGCCAGAGCGUGAAGAGGGAGAAGGAGAAGAGAGUGAGCUACAAAAUACUGCAGCUUACAACAGUUGGAGUCAGCCAAGACGUGUGGAGUUGUGGCGAGAUCCAGGCAAGUCCUUGGGAAUUAGUAUUGUGGGAGGUCGUGGUAUGGGAAGCCGUCUCAGCAGUGGUGAAGUCAUGAGAGGAAUUUUCAUCAAGCAUAUCCUGGAGGACAGUCCUGCUGGAAAAAAUGGAACAUUGAAACCUGGAGACAGAAUUGUAGAGGUUGAUUUUAUUGAUCUUCGAGAUGCAAGCCAUGAGCAGGCUGUUGAGGCAAUACGAAGAGCAGGCAAUCCUGUGGUUUUUGUAGUCCAGAGCCUGAACAAACCUAGAAAGCCGCCAUUACUUGUUCCAGAGCCAAGUCCACUUCUAAGGCCUGCCUGCAACUGUAGUAGUAGUCCCUGUGCUGAUUUCCAUCUGCUGUGCACCAAUAAGGAUUUUAAGGCUCCAUAUAGAUUUACAUUCCGUCUUUCCCAAACUAAUCCCUUUGCUCCUGUUCCAUAUAAGGCGCACACUCCCACAGAUGCAGGGAUUGCAAAGAGCCCUUCCCCUCUUUCCCUUUCACCUCUUUCAGGAGCAGAUACUGAUUUUAUGCAGCCGAUAUGUGAAAAACAAUUUGAAGAAACUGAGACGGAUGAAUUUGGCUACAGCUGGAAGAAAAUACACCAGCGUUAUGGAGACCUAUCUGGGGAGCUGCACAUGAUUGAAUUGGCGAAGGGAAAGGCUGGGUUGGGCAUUAGCCUUGCUGGAAACAAGGACCGAGCCAGAAUGAGUGUCUUUGUUGUUGGUAUUGAUCCUAAUGGAGCUGCUGGGAAAGAUGGCAGAAUACAGAUUGGAGAUGAAUUACUUGAGAUAAAUGGCCAGAUUUUGUAUGGACGAAGUCAUCAGAAUGCUUCAUCAAUUAUCAAAGGAGCGCCUUCGGUUGUCAAAAUCAUUUUUAUCAGAAAUAAGGAUGCAAUGAAUCAGAUGGCUGUAGGUCCAUUGAAGAAUGCAGAGUCAAAUGGUACCAGUUUUCUUCAGGAGCUUACAUCUUCUGCUACCACAUCAAGUAAUGUGCCAGAUUUUACAGCAUUCCAAAAUGUCCAGCAUAUUGUGCUCCCAAAGGAUCAAGGAGGACUAGGAAUUGCAAUCAGUGAAGAGGAUACACAAAAAGGUGUAGCUGUUAAGAGUAUUGCAGACAGUGGAUCAGCUGCAAAAGAUGGAAGAAUAAAGAUUGGAGACCGGAUCUUGGCAGUAGAUGAUGAACCUGUUGUAGGCCUUGCUGCUGAAAAGGUGAUUGGCCUCUUAAAGAAAGCAGAGUCAUCAGUAAAACUGACUGUCUGCAGUGAGGACGUGGAUAGCCUGCAGUCACCUCUUCCCGAACUUUCACCACAGCAGUACAACACAGCAGUAGUCGAGAAGAAGCCUGUGCAGCAGGCCGUCAUGACACCAAAUAUCAGUAACCCACUGGAUACAGAACUGAACAAAACUCCAAGCAGAUCUUCAACUCCAGCUACUUUAGCUUCUGACCCAGCUACUUGUCCCAUCAUCCCAGGCUGUGAAACUGUUAUUGAAAUUGCUAAGGGGCGCACUGGCCUUGGAUUGAGUAUUGUUGGAGGAGCAGACACAUUACUGGGAGCCAUCAUUAUUCAUGAAGUAUAUGAAGAAGGAGCUGCAUCCAAAGAUGGAAGGCUUUGGGCUGGGGAUCAGAUACUCGAGGUGAACGGUAUUGACCUAAGAAAUACCACUCAUGAUGAGGCAAUUAAUGUUCUAAGACAAACUCCCCACAAAGUCCGCCUAAUGGUUUACAGAGAUGAGGCUCAGUAUAAGGAAGAUGACAUGUAUGAUGUGUUCACAGCUGAACUUCAGAAGCAUCCAGGCAGAGGCCUUGGAUUAAGCAUCGUUGGGAAAAGAAAUGACACGGGAGUGUUUGUAUCGGAUAUUGUCAAAGGUGGAACAGUGGACCUUGAUGGCAGACUAAUGCAGGGAGAUCAGAUACUGGCAGUGAAUGGAGAGGAUGUGAGGACUGCAACACAAGAGGCUGUUGCUGCUCUUCUAAAGUGUUCUCAGGGUGCAGUGACACUAGAAGUUGGCAGACUUAAGGCUGGACCUUUUCAUUCUGAAAGAAGGACUUCACAAUCUAGUCAGGUCAGUGAAGGAAAUGAGGUUACUGGCAGCUUGACAUCAUUCAGUUUCCCAAAUACAGGAGCCACUGCAGCAGAUAUGUCUGAAGAUGUACAGAAGAAGAUGUCUGCUGACAUGCAAGGAAUCAGAACUGUAGAAAUUAAAAAGGAACCAUCAGAUCUUUUAGGAAUCAGCAUUGCAGGUGGAGUAGGAAGCCCUCUUGGUGAUGUUCCCAUUUUCAUUGCCAUGAUGCACCCCAAUGGAGUUGCUGCACAGACUCAGAAAUUAAGGGUUGGAGAUAGAAUUGUGAGCAUUUCUGGUAUUUCAACUGAGGGAAUGACUCACUCUCAAGCUGUCAGUUUGUUGAAAAAUGCUUCAAGCCCCAUUGAAUUACAGGUUGUGGCAGGAGGUGAUGUGAGUGUAGUAACCUCACAACAGCAGGAGCAUGCUGGAACCAGCCUGUCUUUAGGAAGUUUAACAAGUAGCAACAUAUUUCAUGACGAUCUAGGGCCACCUCAGUACAAAACAAUUACUCUGGAAAGAGGACCAGAUGGCUUGGGCUUCAGUAUUGUGGGUGGAUAUGGCAGCCCACAUGGAGACUUACCAAUCUAUGUGAAGACAGUAUUUGCAAAAGGUGCUGCAGCAGAUGAUGGCCACUUAAAGCGAGGUGAUCAGAUUAUUGCUGUUAAUGGCCAGAGUUUAGAAGGAGUAACUCAUGAAGAAGCUGUCGCUAUUCUGAAAAGAACAAAGGGCAUCGUCACUCUUACUGUACUGUCCUAAAGGGCCCUUUGCAAAGUUUUGAUGUAACUUGAAUAUUUAUUGUGAAAAUGGCAAAAUGGAGUUCUUCAGCUGCUGAUGAAAUGUGAGCCAUAAACACGGGAAAGCUGUCAGAGAAUCGUGUACAAGCCAAGUUAUGUGUAGAAGCAUUUGAAGACUAUUUGUGUCAGUUUAUUUCUUUGUGACUGUAAAGAUAAUGUGCACAGUAUUAUAAAAACAACUUUUGAAGGCUCAUUUACAAUAUACCUGGUCUUUAGUUAUGUAAUAUUCUAAGUCAGGUAGAGUGUUUCAUACUUGUACUGCAGAGACGUUAUGAAUGUCCAUACACUCCAUCACUUCCUGAUUAUCAAGACUAGUCAGAAUUACUCUGGUGCAUACUUCUCAACUGUACAAAUUUUCACAGAAAUGUCCAGAGUUUUGUCUCAUAUUUUUGGUCCUGUUUUCAUAAAAUUGUGAUUUUUUU